AUGACGGCAUUGACGAGGAGCCCCUUUUGGGCCCUGGCCACGGCCUUUACUGUCCUGCAGAGGACUGCGGCCGGUCCCACUAACAGUCCUUCGGCCUCCUGCAGCGUAAAGCCGUUGCUUGUCGACUUGUCAGCUGAAGUGCCCCGGAUGAUGGACUUGAUCAACAACACCCGUCUCCCAGACCUGCCUGUGUACCCAGGGGUUGGAUCGUCGAUGGGUAUCGACUUGGAUGUUUUGAAAUCUCUCAAAGAUGAAUGGCUUAACGAGUUUGACUGGGAGGAGGAACAGGAGGAGAUGAAUAAAUUGAACCACUACACAGCCGUAAUCGAAGGCCUCACAGUCCAUUUUACCCACGAGGAAUCCGACGAUCCCGCCGCAAUCCCCCUUCUCAUCAACCACGGCUGGCCCGGCUCGUCCUUUCUCGAGUUUGGCCCCGUCCUCGACGCCCUAACCGCCUCGGCAGAGACGGAAUACGGGACGAACGUCUCCUUCCACGUCGUCGCCCCCUCUCUUCCAGGCUUCGCCUUCUCAGACCCAGCACCCGAGAACUGGACUCUCGCCGACACCGCGCGCAUUUACAACGCCCUCAUGACAAACGUCUUGGGUUAUCCCACGUUUGCGGUGCAUGGAACCGCCCACGGAGCCGCCGUCGCCUAUACCCUGUACGAGGACCACAACACCACCACGAGAGCCGCACACUUUAGCUUCAUUCCUUUCUUCCCGCCGACGGCCGAAGCGGUGGCUGCCAUGGGUAUUACUCUUGAUCCGUUGGAGCAGUUCAUGCUGAAGAGGUCGGACGAUUGGGGGCGGACUGGGAACGCCUAUUAUCUUCUUCAGUUGAAUACGCCAAAUACCAUUGGCCUCGCCUUGUACGACAGUCCAGUGGGACAGUUGGCGUGGAUAGGGGAGAAGUAUAUCGACUGGUCCGAUCCCAGCGCCGGUGUUCCACCUUCGCUCCUAACCAGGCGGGAGGUUCUACGAUGUGUCUCUCUGUAUUACCUGACGCACACCUUCGUGUCCUCGAUUUACACCUACGCCCAGAAUCCCAUGGCUUUCAGGCACGCUUACACCAAGCCCCCGACCACGGCGCCGCUACUUCUCAGCCAGUUCAAGUACAAUGUCGGGUUUUGGCCCAGACAGGUCGUGGAGACGGUUGGCAACUUGGUUGAGUAUAGGAAUCACGAACUGGGAGGCAACUUUCCGGCGUUGGAUAACCCGGACGCUCUUAUUGAGGACAUUAGGAGAAUAGGGGACUACUGGGAACAGUCUUGA